AUGCCACGACGAAAUCAAAAAACAGCAAAAGGCAAAGAACCCAGAGCAUUAGAAUCAGACCGAUUCUGGUCUGCUGAAUGUCUUUUAGACGAACAAAUUAUAAAAGGCAAAUUAAAAUAUUUAGUAAAAUGGGAAGGUAGAGAUAGAAAUGGGAAAGAUUGGGAUCCGACUUGGGAGCCACCAUGUAAUAUUUCUGAUGAUUUAAUAAUGGAAUGGAAUUCAAAAAAAUAUUCAAUGGAAAUGAAAAGUCAAAAUGUUAUUGAAAUCUCAAGUAUUGAAGAUAAUAUUGAUUCAAGUGAUGGUAAUCAUACACCUCUGAUUUCUGAAUGUGAAUCAAUAUUAAAUAAUAAAUCAGCAGAAUUUCAAACAAACCAAGCCUUUUUAAAGUUUAUUCAUGAAAUUAGUUCAAGGAUGGAAGAUGGUAAAAAUUGUGAAUUAUAUUCAUCAAAUAAUGUUAAAGGCUAUAAACGAACUAAUACUAUAAAAGAACAACAGAGGGAACAUUAUAGAAAGAUUUUUGAUAAAUGUGAAGAUUUUAUUGAAUAUUUAAAUUCAUCAAAUGAUACAUUAAAUAAAGAAGUAUGUGCUAUAAAAACAAAAUUAGAAGAAGAAAUAAAAAAAGGUGAUCCAAAUGUAGGACCUUCUGUAAUAAAGCUGGAAAGUUUACAAGAAGAAUAUAACAAUAUAAAUGAUUUGAAAAAAGUUAGAGAUGGAUAUAUCAAAGAAAUAAGUUCUGCACAUUCUUCAGAUGAAAAUUCUGAGCCAGAAUUUUCAUCCGAAGAACAUGCAGAACUUAUUUCUUUAAGAUUAAUUUGUAAAAACUUAGAAGAAAAUAUUAAAUUGGAAGGAGUCAAUUAA